AACAAUAAUAUAUGAAAAACAUAUUAUGAAAAAUAUUUGUUCAAAAAUUGUUAAAAGCCUAUGCAGCACAAAGAAGCAAGAAGCCGAUAGAAGAAUCAGUGGAGAAACGCAGCAACAGCAGAAGCAGAAGUUUGGUUCUUUUCAUCAAUUCCAAGGCUUAGUAUGAGCACAGCUGAAAAGAGGCAAUCUAAUGGAGAAGCUGAAGAAGAUGACGAUGAUGAUGAUGGAGAUGGUCAUGGACUUGAUGCGUGGGAGAGGACUUACACUGAUGAGAGAUCAUGGGAAGCUCUUCAAGAGGAUGAAUCAGGACUGCUUCGUCCUAUAGACAAUAAGAUCAUACACCAUGCUCAGUAUCGCCGCCGCCUUCGUUCCCUUUCUACCACUGCUGCUCGCAUUCAGAAGGGCCUCAUUCGCUUUCUUUACAUUGUUGUCGAUCUCUCCAGGGCAGCAUCAGAGAUGGAUUUUCGACCAAGUCGAAUGGUUGUGAUUGUAAAACAUGUUGAGGCUUUUGUUAGGGAAUUUUUUGAUCAGAAUCCACUUAGCCAGAUUGGUUUGGUGACUAUAAAAGAUGGGGUUGCCCAUUCCUUAACAGAGCUUGGUGGGAGUCCAGAGUCCCACAUUAAGGCUUUGAUGGGGAAGAUGGAAUGCUCAGGCGAUUCAUCACUACAGAAUGCCCUCAAUCUUGUCCAGGGAUAUCUUGAUCAAAUUCCAUCAUAUGGUCAUCGUGAAGUUCUGAUCUUAUGUUCAGCUCUCAGCACCUGUGAUCCAGGAGAUAUAAUGGAGACCAUAAAGCAAUGCAAGAAAUCUAAAAUUAGGUGCUCGGUUAUUGGUCUUUCUGCAGAAAUGUUUAUAUGCAAGCAUCUCUGUCAAGAAACUGGUGGAAUAUACUCCGUUGCAAUGGAUGAGGUCCACUUUAAAGAGUUAAUGUUAGAGCAUGCACCGCCACCCCCAGCAAUAGCAGAAUUUGCAAUUGCUAAUUUAAUCAAGAUGGGUUUCCCACAAAGGGUGGCAGAGGGCUCUAUCUCAAUUUGUUCUUGUCAUAAAGAAGCUAAAGUUGGUGAUGGAUACAUUUGUCCGAGAUGCAAGGCGCGUGUAUGUGAGCUUCCUACUGAAUGCCGUAUCUGUGGAUUGACACUUGUUUCUUCACCCCAUUUGGCAAGGUCAUAUCAUCAUCUCUUUCCCAUUGUGCCAUUUGAUGAGGUGUCUCCAAGGCAAAAUGUACUACAUCACAGACCACCGAAAACUUGUUUUGGCUGCCAACAGAGCCUCCUCAACCCUGGCAACAAGCCCAGCCUCUGUGUUGCUUGUCCAAAAUGCAAACAAUACUUCUGCAUUGAUUGUGACAUUUAUAUACAUGAGAGCUUGCAUAACUGCCCAGGCUGUGACAGCAUUAGACAUUCAUAGCCAGUCACCACUAAUGAAGAAUGAGGAAUAUUGCUGCAGAUUGUUAUGUUUUCCUGCUGCCAUACGGCUAUGAUAUUCUCCUAGUAAUGAACCUUAAAGCAAAGUCUCAGAGCAAGUUCAGACAAUGGAAAGAGCAGCUUAUUCAACAUUCCCAAGUUUUCCCAUUUUUUCUCUUAAAUAUGAUAGUAUGGAUCAAGUGAAAAUUCAGUUCCAAUAUUUAUGAUUGCUUUGCUGCAUUCCCUAAUUUCAUAUUGACCAGGAUCUAAUUCUUUGAAUAUUAGUAGCUACAAACAUCAGAAUGGAGACUCUUUGGGUAGCGUUAAUUUUGAAAUUUAUAUUAUUAUUGUUGUAUGAAUUUGAAAAAAUGAGAAAAUAUUCAUUUUUAAUUAUUUUAA